UCAGCUUGGCCUGCUCUGCCUCUACGGCGUCACCAUGGUAACGCGCUGCUGUUAAACCGACCUGGGGUCAGUAAAGAUGAAUCCUGCUGCUUGCUUCAGUCAGUCAGUCCGACAGUCUGGCUCCUUCCACUCCGCUUCAGAAACAACGAGCAGCCGCCGUCGGAGUGUCCCACGCCUCCACCUCCUCCUCCAACAACAAAAAACAUCUUGAAUCAGCAAAAGAAUAUAACAUGCGGAAAUGGACACUUUUAAAACCAACCGCAGAGGACUUUAUUUACGAUUUAAACUCUUAUUAAAUCGUUGGAAUGUAGGAAUUUAACGGCCAAAAAAAAAAAAAAAGGGCGGAUACUGCUUUUUCGUUUUUUCUCCGCUGGUGUUAAACUGUACCGAAAAAGGGACGUAAACUUCUCACUCGGCGGUUUUUUCUUUUUUUUCUUACAAUGUCAACGUUACUAAACUGGCUAUAAGUAGUUGUAUUAUAUAUGUAACCUGGAGCUUUUUCUAUCAAUAUACGGCGUUGUUUUAUUGUUUUUUUGGGACACUUUUGACUCUUUUAACGGUUGGACACAAACUUCACGGAGGAAUUCGAAGGGGUCCGUGAACGCAGCAAUUCGAAGGGUCCGUGAACGCAGCGGCAAUUCGAAGGGGGUCCGUGAACGCAGCACAGGUAGCUUAGCUUGAGGCUAGCUUAGGUUAGCUUUGGAUUCAACACGCUGAAAAACAACAACACCUCCCUUUUAAAAAUCAAGCACACAAGUGAAGGAGCUAAAGCAAGACAACAACAUGCCUCAGCUAACUGGGGCAGAUGGAGAUGAUUUGGGGGCAAAUGAUGAGCUGAUUGCCUUUAAAGACGAAGGAGAGCAAGAAGAGAAGAGGAAUGUGACUUCAGGAAGAGAUCUGGAUGAUGUCAAGUCUUCUCUGGUCAAUGAGUCUGAAACAAACAGCAGCUCAGACUCAGAGGCAGACAGACGCCCCAAACCCAAUCCUGAUCUGGAGAGCAGAGCCAGACAGAGUCGACUGUUUGAAGAAGCGCUGAGGAGGCAGCAGGAUGGAGGACUGUUCCAACAUUCUCCGUAUGUUGGAUAUCCUUUCUUCAUGAUCCCAGACCUCGGGAACCUCUGCAGCCCUUACAUCGCUAACGGAGCCCUCACACCUGGAGCACGCACGUAUCUGCCGUUCCAGUGGCCUCUGCUAGAUGUACCGGGAAGAUCCACCAUGAGAGACUCUGCUACUCCUACACACCUGAGUAACAAUGUGGUGCAACAUCCUCACAUGACUCACCUGCAUCCGCUGCUGUCCUACAGUCCAGAAGCCUUCUCACCUCAGAGAGCCUCACCUGGCUUCUCUCCUGAUGCAGGAAUGUCGAGGCCUCCUCACACUGCCUGCUACCCUGUCUCUCCUGGAGGAAUGGCUCAGAUCCCGCACCCUCUCGGAUGGCUACAGGGGCAGCACAUGUAUCCCAUCGCAGGAGGAUUCUCACCGGCUGCUCUCGCCAUGAACGCCUCCAUGUCCAGUUUGGUGUCUGGCGGCUUCUCUCCUCGUCUGGUUCCGACGUCUCAAUCGUCCAUUCCUCAUCCUGCCAUCGUCUCCACGGGAGUGAAGCAGGAGCCUGAAGGCAGCGGCCAGCACGGGAAGAUGAUGGCCGACUCUCAGCAGGAGAAGAUGGAGGAGAGGAAGCCUCACAUCAAGAAGCCGCUCAACGCCUUUAUGUUGUACAUGAGGGAGGAAAGACCCAAAGUAGUGGCUCAGUGCAAAGUGAAGGAGAGCGCCACCAUCAACCAGAUACUGGGACAGAGGUGGCAUUCUCUGUCCAAAGAGGAACAAGCCAAAUAUUAUGAACUGGCUCGUAAAGAGAGACUCCUCCACUCCAAACUUUACCCUGGCUGGUCAGCAAGAGACAACUACGGUAAAAAGAAAAAGAGAAAGAGAGUGAAGAGUGAAACUCUGCUCGAUGAGGACCUCCCACCGCAGCCAAAGAGACCUCACAUGCCGCCCGGAUCUGAGGAGAUGCCACACACACACACAGUCCUCACACACUCCCAGACGGCACACACACACUCACACUCACACUCACACUCACACACACACGCUCGCUCUCACAUGCCACCGCAGCAGCAGCAGCCUCACACACUCUCCCACAUGACGCACACACACCUGUCUCAAGCCAGCCCCGCCUCCUCCCUGGACUCUCCGGCGACCCCGACGACGGCGUUGGCCUCGCCCGCCGCCCCCGCGCCCACACACACCGAGCACACGCACACGUCAUCGUCCUACAGCCACAGCGGACACACGUCGCCGUACGCCGAGCAGCUGCAGCCGCUGUCGCUCACCACCAAACCGCACCGGACGGCGCUGCCUCUGAGCAGGACCGCCGUGACGCCCGGACCCUCCACGCCUUCCUCCUCCUCCGACACGCCGACCCCGUCACCGCACACGGCUUCCUCCUCCAGGAGCACGCCACCGCCACCGCCCUUCCUGCUCCCGCCUCCUACCUCCUCGCACCAAUCAGCAGCCUUAAAUCAGCCGUUCUCUCUCAGACGAACCAAUCACCUGUGAGAAGCCUCAGCUGCUUUUUUUCUUUCUUUUUUUUGUUUUUUUACUGUUCAUGAAAUCAAUGAAAAAAAAGUUAAAAUCACAUGAAUUCAAUCUUUUUUUUUGUUUUUUUUAAAGCUGUAAACGAGCUUUUCUUUUUUAAACUUUUUUAUAGAUAUCACAUUUUAUAUUAGUAUGAAAAGGACAAAUAACUGGUCAAUAUUUGACUGCAUCUCUUAACUUCAAACAUUUUAUUUUUUCUUGCAAACUGUCACGUUGUUGUUCUGUUUGACUUUUUUUUUAAAUCAAUGAUCAAGUUUGUUUUGUUGUAAUUGAAAAACGAGGUGUGGCACACGGGUUUGUUCGUUUGUUUAAACUUUAAACAUGUUUUUUUUUCACCUGGUAGUAAAUCUAUUCU